ACAACACCAUAAACACAUAACACCUCUAAGUUAUACCUGCUUGGACUUUUAAUGACCAGGUUUUCAGUUUAGUUUUUCGUUCUUUUUCUCUCCUCUUCUCUCUUUUCAGCUCUCAUAUGUCAGCAAUCAGUCUUAUAGCUUCAGUAGGUAACUUAAUAAUAAAAGGAAUGAAUAAAAAUAACUUUUGUGAAAUUUUCUUUCUUUCACUAUAUGCUGACGAUAGUACAUGAGACAGAUUAUCUGUGAGAAAAUCAGGUUUCUCUGAUUCCACCGUGCCUGGUUGUUUUCAUUCAGGCACAGUGGAUUCUUGCAAAUGCCAUUAUGAGCUAGACUCUAGCUGCUAGAGGAACCUGACUUUUUUCACAGUCUCAUUUAUCUGUCUCAUGGACUACUGUCAGGAUAUAGUGAAAGUUAAGGCAAAUAUGGUUUUCAUAAGUUACCUACUGCUUUAAUUCCCAGCUCAUCAUAAAAAGGGGAUUUCUGCCACAGUAACAUACUAUUAAGAAAGGUUGCUACCUCUAUGGAACAUAGUGGGAUUACAUUAUGGUACAUAUCACUCACUUUGUUGAUUUGGAUGAGAUAAAACUGAGCACAUUCUGUCAACAUUAUUUGAAACAGACACGGCCUCUUUCAUUUGUUAUCUCGCAUUACAUGUCUCUUCUUUUUUGCCCUCUGUCUCAACAAGAGACAGACAUCUGUCCAUUGUGUAACGCCUUUAGAAAUAGACCUACUGCAGUGCUGCGAUGCAUACUGUAUGUGAAAACUGCAGCCCACUGGAGAGGAAGGAAUCUGACCUAGGCCUAGUGUGCAUUAUUUCUGGGGUCCCAUGUAUGUUUGUAAAUGCAUGCAACAUUAAAUCAACAUGAAUAUAAUGUGACAUUUAUUCAUAAUUUACUUGAAACUUACAUAAUCCGGCAGCUGCUCAUAUUAUGCUGUUGUGUUUAAUUUGUAUUCUAUAUCCAUGAUCCUUCCCAGCAACGUCAUAUCCUGUUUGUUUUUCUUCAGGCCAUUGUGCCUCACACCCAGCCUGUUAAAAUGUGUAUGUACAUGCAGGUGGUGUGUCACAACUACGUGUGUGUGUGUGUGUGUGUGUGUGUGUGUGUGUGUGUGUGUGUGUGUGUGUGUGUGUGUGUGUGUGAGAAUCUCUGUGUAAGCCAGAUCCUGGGUGCUCAAACUGCCUCUCCCUGUAUGACUCACUGGGUGUCUGCGCUGCACUGUGCUCAGCCAGAAGGGAGGUGAGUUGGGGCUCAGCAUCCUAGGAUGUGAGCUGCUCCAGCAAUGAUUGGACAAGGCAGCCUCGGGCUUGCAGCCAAUCACUAGCCUCCCCUCUGUCCUCCAUAGCUACGGCUGUAUGAUUGGUCCAGGUGUUGCAGGGAGAGGAAUGGAUAAAUGGCGAAAGGAGAUGAGAUUGUGAAAGGGGGAGAAUGUCUCCUUUCACUGAGUCAGAGAGAGAUCUCUUACUCAUUCUUCUGUUCUUCUGUAAAGACAGUAAAACCUGUUGUAUUAUUAUAUUAACUUCUUUACAUACUGGGAAUGUUUAAUAUUUGCAGCCUUUCCAUUUGCUUUGCUAAUAGCUGACAAAAUUGCCCAUGUCAUGCACAAAUGUUAAACGAUUGAGGGGAUGAUCUCAUAUUGCAUCAAGAAGCUACAGGUCCAGGACUGAACAGACUCCUCCAUAGAUAUUAAAAUUAUGCCCAUGUCAUAAAUUGUCCACCCCCACACUGGCAUACACACGAUGAGCCUAGUAAUUGCAUGUUGAACAAAAACACCAGUUAUAACGUUUCUACCCUUACCAUGAAUGGUGUAUUCUAUAUGAGCAAAGCAUCACUUAUACAUCUGUGUGAACACACAGUACAACGUUUGCCACUGAUUUCACAGUCCUGCUUUUCACGCUCUAAUCUUUUAUUCAAGAGGUCAUGUAAAGCUUUCAAACCCCGCCACAGAGUUCUCAAUGCAUCAAAGUGAGUGAAUCGAUUGUGUGUAUCAUUCCACAGGCCCACCGAUCCCGUGUCAGUGUCAUUGGACCCUACCAUCUUCUCUGGGAAUGCCAUGAGUAGGACGGGAAUGCACACUUAUGCUCACACAUUCCACAUUUGGAAUAAUACCUCUUCUUAAUUUCUCUUUCUCUCUCGGGCAGGGAGGGGUGGUGGAGGCUCGGGGAGGAUUGGGUUGGAGAAGUGUGGGUCUGUUAUCAUCGUGACAACCUCUGCCCAGCGUUCCAGUGGAGAAUGGGCCUUGUGUGUGUCUGCAUAUAAGUGUUUGCGUGCUUGUGUGUGUGUGUUUGGUGCACUGGGUACCAGGAGACGUAGCGUGAGCGUGUGAGUGAGCGGGCCAAACAAUGGCCCUGAUUUAGGCCGGCUGGGCGGUGGGUGAGCAUAAGGCUGGCCUGAAACGUCCAUGGAACGCACCAGUGGAGGACUGGCAUUAUGGGCAGAAUACAGUGAAGGGUCUGUGACAGAAUGAGGAGAGACAGGCGAAGGGUGGUGGCAUGCACCAGGACCUAAGAGCGGGGAGGGGAGGCUUGAGAUAGGGGUGGUGAGUGUGUAUGACAGAGGUCUUUUCUGCAUCUGACAAAGCAGUAAUUGUGUCCUGUUUGGCUGAGGAAUGCUGCUGUCCUGGGUGACAGGGGGGCAUUAUGUGGGCCUUAUGUCACUACUGGGUGUCUUGAAGCUGCACACAGAGCUGGCGCGUCAAACGGCACACUACCAACAUGCGUGACGGUCACAUCAGGCGUGAUCCAUGACCAGAAAAUCUCAGCGGCCAGGCCAGAUCUCCUUCGCAGAACCUUCGGCAGACUGGUCCGUGAGAAGUUUCUCUCUUGCUCAGUUCACUGUAGAUUUAAACAUAGUCUGUAUAGGAACCAAGGAUUUCGGUGUUUGCUCGACAGCUGGAGAGCUCCAGACGAGGACAGUGUGUGUGUUUGUGUGUGUCCCAGUUGGAGAAUGAGCUCGGUGGAGAUGAGGAAAAGGCAGCGUGGCAAGCUUGUUCAGCUGUGUGAGGGCUCCGAGGGUUAAAUCCUGCCGAGGCUCUCUCACACACACACUGCGACCGUGGGCUCUUUCUCACAUACACACAAUGAGGCUAAGACGCCUGGGGUUGGGGCUGGGGCCAUGGGCUCUCGGUUCUCACACUCUGAACCAGUACUUCAUCCCUGCCUGGGACUCGGAUUCAGUCCCUAUCACGGUGCUCAGAGUGGCUGGCCGCUCCUUUGCUCCGCCAGCAUCAUCAUCUGUCCACUCACCAUCAUCAUCUCCGUUCAUUAAAUAUGAGGAUCCAUGGAGUCCAGCUUCUGAAAUCAUCAGACCUUGGCCGCCAUAGUCUACUGUAUCUAAAGGAGAUUGGACACGGUUGGUUUGGCAAGGUCCUGCUGGGUGAAGUCAAUGCGGGCCUCAGCACCACCCAGGUGGUAGUGAAGGAGCUGAAGGCCAGCGCCAGUGUCCAGGAUCAGAUGCAGUUCCUGGAGGAGGUGCAGCCAUACCGAACCCUCCAGCACCCUGCCCUACUGCAGUGCCUGGCACAGUGCUCAGAGGUCACUCCUUAUCUGCUGGUCAUGGAGUUUUGCCCUCUGGGUGAUCUGAAGAGCUACCUGCGCAGUUGUCGUGUGGCUGACUCUGAGACUCCUGACCCUUUGAUCCUCCAGCGAAUGGCGUGUGACAUUGCCUCAGGGCUUCUUCACCUCCACAAAUACAACUUUAUACACAGUGACCUGGCUUUGCGAAACUGCUUGCUUACUUCAGAAAUGUCAGUUAAGAUUGGAGACUAUGGCCUUUCUCACAGCCGAUACAAGGAUGAUUACUAUGUAACACAAGACCAGAUCUGGGUGCCUCUGCGCUGGAUUGCACCUGAGCUCAUAGAUGAGGUCCAUGGAAACCUGCUGGUCGUUGAUCAAACAAAAUCUAGCAACAUAUGGUCAUUGGGGGUGACUGUGUGGGAGCUGUUUGAGCUGGGAAACCAGCCGUACAGACACUACUCUGACAGACAGGUGUUGACAUAUGCUGUGAAGGAACAACAGCUCAAACUACCCAAACCCCAGCUCCAAUUCCCCCUGGCUGAGCGCUGGUAUGAGGUGAUGCAGUUCUGCUGGCUGCAGCCAGAGCUGAGACCCAGCAGUGAGGAAGUGCACCUUCUGGUCACAUACUUGUGUGCCAAAGGCUCCAGUGAGGCUGAGGAAGACUUUGAACAACGUUGGAAUGCCUUGAGACCCAACCUGCUCGGUAGCACCUCCCAUACAGCGACAUCCACAGCACUGAACCUGACCCCUACACCUGCCUCAGCUGACGACCCCAGUGCAGAACAAACUCAAGCAGUGGAGCUGGCCUCCUCUGCCUCAUCCUCCUUCCCCCUCCUAGAGCACUUCUCUGAUAGCUUCCACUCUGACACAGGGGACGACCUACUCACUGUCACAGAGACCAGUCAUGGUCUCAACUUUGAGUACAAGUGGGAGCAGGCCAGAGCUGAGCAGCCCUACUGCUCCUCCUCCACCAGUGGGCCACUGGGCCAGGGGAACCCUCAUUACCAGGAUAUCUACUAUUCAAGCAAAGGAAGCAUCUCAGGGGGCUGCAAGACUGACAGCCUGACCUCAGGCAUAUCCCCAUCUUACUUUGAACCUGAACACCCGGGUGUGGUCCCAGUGUUGAGUGCCCAUAGCCCCUCUGUCAGCAGCGAGUACUACAUUCGCAUAGAGGAACCAGUAGAGUGUAACAUUAACCUGGAUGACAGCAUAGUGGACUACAGCCCAGGACUGGAAGCUAGCAGCAGCAGAUUGUCCUCUGAGAGUCGGACUGGUUCAUCCUUGGCACAACCUAGUGCUUACUGGGCAAAUGCUGACAACGCUAAGUCUACUGCCUAUGACUCUGAUUCAAGCCCCACUGUUCAACUAACCAUGGAGCCACUGCUGAGACAGGCAUCCAGCACCAGUCCUGUAAAGCUAGGCCACUCGCACAACUGCUUCUCAUCCAGUCAGGAUGACAUGGUCUACUGUGAACAGUCAUCAGCAUACACAACACGCCGUCAAUCCUUUCUGUCUGAACUGGACACAUCGCCAGAGUCCAGAUCAAACCUUGUCCAUCCAGUAGGGCGUUUAGAAAACCCACGCAGUUUGUCACAAGCAGUGAGCAGCCCCAGCUUAGGGUUUUGCGAUCCCUACCUUGAAGCGAGCACAGGUCGUAGCACAGUUAAUGAAAGUUGCCAUAAUAUGAUAGGUCCCAUCAGAAAGACACUACCAAUUGUUAACCACAUUAGCAUAGAUGUAGGGACAGACGACGGCAUGCUGGUGGGCCAGCGAAGAGGUGAAGACAUUGAGGAUGACCUUUUCUCUGAAGGAGAGCCCACUAACUGGACUUCAAACCAUUCUGCAAACAAUAAUAGCUUGAGCUUUGACAGCAGGCAGACAGCCAGUGGGCAUGACGGCUAUCUGGACCUUCAAUAUACUGAUCACUCUAACACAAACGAAUUAUGGUCUUUAACCAAGGCCACCACCAGAACCUUCCACAGCUCCAGGUCUUGUGGCACCUCUGAAGCAGAAGGAGAAGACUAUGGUUCUAAUGCUGCUAGCAAAACCACUGAAUUAGGUUCAUACAUUCACUUAUAUCACAAAGAAAGAGAGGAAUCUGCCACUCAAGUGGAAAGGAACUUAACUGCAGAAAAUCUAAGAAAUUCUCUUACCAGCUCAAGUAUUAUUAAUGCCAGAAGUACAGAGGGUGGGAAAAUUGAGGGAAAAUACGAAAAGCAAUUGUUGCUUAAUGGAGAGAGACUGUACUCUGAGCCUAAGAUGAUACCUGAGGCCAGCUAUAUAAAGUCCCCAUCCUUCAAUGAGCUUCAGACUGGUAAAACCGGAGCCUUAUCAGUCAAGCAGAGAGGUAACAUCUGGGAGGGAGUUUCUGCAGGAAUCUCUGUUGGUCUAGGGGACAAGAGGCUAAACUAUCCAGAGACAUCAGAAAGUAGCAGAGCAUUGGACAGUGGAGUCGGGGUCAGAAACUCCAGCAUUAGCCUAGCUGAGCUUGGUGACUACAGUGAGGAUGAUGAUGAUGACAUCACGGAUAUUACGUCAGGGAUCUUUGCUGACUUCAACCUGGACUAUGCUGAGGUAGAAGAUGAAGAGCUGAGCCCACUGAAGAAUCCAGAGAGAACUUCUGACUCUGUAGACACCCUUAACCUGUCCUCAUCAAUGGCAAGCACCUGUGAUCAGGCCUUCAGUCCUGAUCCCUUCAAUACCCCUGUCCUACCCAAAUCCCUGGACAGUGGCUAUGACACAGAGAACAACGAAUCUCCAGAGUUUAUCUUCAAAGAGCUUGGAGAUCCCCGGGGUGGUGAGAGGAGCCCAAGGCUUGGUGGAGAACCUGAACUAGUUCUGCAGGUGGGUUUAGGCCAAGGGGUCUGCACUUCCACAAACACUUCAGAGCUACACUUAAAGGGCCUGACUGAUAAGAACCCAUACAGGGAUUCAGCGUAUUUCUCUGACUAUGAUGCUGAAAAUGAGAGGAGUCCUCAAGAGGAAGGCAGAAAGGUCUAUGCAGGUCCGCGUAACUUCACUGCUGAGAAAUUGAGCUCUAUCAAAGAUGACGAUUCUGUCAAAAGGCAGUUCAACCAUGAAGAUCAUUUAACAAAUCUGAGACACAUCAAAAAUUGUGUUUUGGUGAAUCUCUCAGAGGCUGACCCUAGUUCCCCCCAUCCACUUCCCACCCCUGGGUUGUCCAUGCUGUCACCCUUUCCUCCGCAGAUGGGCGGCUGCCUCACCAAAGAGUCUGCCCCUGCAGAUGAUGAUCUCGGGCUGGACACAGAGCACUCAGGAGAGGAGCCUUCCUCAGAGCUUAAUUCCUCCAUUGGGUCUGAACCCUCUUCCACUGUCCAGGAGGCCUCAGGAAACAAUGAGGAGGGGAACAGAAGAGCAGAAGAUUGCUCCCCUGUCCAGUCUUUGCAUUCUGACUCCACUAUAAUUGAUUACAGAGAUGAAGCCCCCAAAGAAAAAGAAAAUGGUGAUGCAUCCACAGAGGAGGAAGAGCUGCCCGAAUUCAAUCAUGUCCAGGAAGAAACGGAGAACAGAAGGGAGGCUGUGAGAAUAAAUGAGGAAGAUUUUGAGGACAUAGAUGCUGAGGAAUGUGACUCACAGGACAGUUUAUGUGAAGAAUCCAACGAUCAUACUGACCUGUCUUCUUCCUCGUCAUUGUUGGAGCUGUGCGGAGAAGCAGUGAGAGCUCCGCUGGAGGAGGCAGAGGAUGAAGACGACUCAGAUGACAGUGAGUCUGAUGAAGAGUUGCGGACCUACAACAUUCAAGAUGAAGACAGUGAGGAGAGUGAGGAGGAUUUCACCACAGUGCCAGUGGUGGUAAGUGACUGCAGCAGGGCUAGACACCUCCGCAGCCUCCUGAAGAUGCCCACCCUGCUCACCCAGUCCUUCUGUGACGAAUUGGAGAGGAAGAAAAAAGCGGUGUCCUUUUUUGAUGAUGUUACAGUGUUCCUUUUUGACCAGGAGAGCCCCACAGGAGAGCUGGCUGACUUCGCCUUCUCCAUAGGAGCAGAGUCCAGUGAGCAGGAAUCUUCAGAGGAAAAAACCUCAGACCACCUGCUGCAACUUGACCCUGAACCUGAAGCUGAACUUAAAGCUCAGUCCUGUGAAACAUACUGUGUUUCUGAAGAAACAGAUGGAAACAAUUCAGAAGAGGGUGGAGAAUAUGAAUUGAAAGAUGACCUCUCGUUUGAGCCACGCACGCCCUCACCUGACACAAUCCCUGAGCCCAAGUCCUCACCCACAUCCACCUCCAACAGUCCUGAGGCUCCUAAACCAGCCGCUGUAGCACUUAACCGUUUUAUGGUUUCACGAUUCUCUAUCACACAUGUCUCCGACCCCCACAUGGCCUCAGCAACAGGGAGCAGUGAAGAUAGUCCAAAAGAUUGAGUGCCCCCUGGUCCUGACUGGAAGAGGAUGAGUCCUGGUCCUUCUUGACCCAGAAAAGCAGCAUUAUUAUAUCUAGAUGUUUUACAGAGUUUUAUUUUUUAUCAAUGUUUGGGGCAUCUGACCCUGGUGACCCUUUAUGAGACAGUGCCUCAUAUUGUAGUGGAAGACCCUCAAUGAUUUGCACACUUUGUUUUUGUUUUUUAUUUUGUGAAGAAAGAACGAUAGCUGCUGGUAUGGCAACCUGACUGAGACAACAAGGAGAGUUGUCAGAUCAUAUCGUUUGCAUAAAUAGAUAUCAUCAGUAUAUUAGUUUUAACAUGCAGUAUAUGAUAAUAACUUAUUUGUUCAAUGCAGCAUACAUUUCUUUUGGUCACCUUACGGGUCAUUAAAUUUGUUAAUUUAAAAGAAAAAGAAAAAUAAGGAGAGAAAAACUAUUGAAAUGACAAGCUUCAUUGCUACUCUUCUCGUUGGCUGCCUUGGUCCAUCUGCUUACCCUUGAUCUGGCAUUUUUAAAGACUGUUACAGCUCUCAUUGUUGGAGCCAGAGAACACUGCUUGCUGAUUGUCACAUAAGAAGAAAGCUGUGGUGGAUUUCCAAACACAUAAUCUGACUUUUUAACAGCCGUGGGUGGUGGUGAUGGUGUUUGAAGAUAGAGGUGCUGAAACUUAAUUUGUCCCUUCAUCCAAGUCAUUUCCAACUCAUAUCGAUGACGGAACUCGGUGUGCUAUCUUAAAGGAAACAUAAUACAGUGUUCACUCCUUAAUUAUCACCACCACUCACUCUGGUUAACAGUGACCUAUAAUAUAUGUCUACAGUUACCAUAUCUGUCUGAAGCACUUUGUAUAGCUAAACUGGGUCUUUAUUUGUAGAAGUGAUGGUUUUGUUGCUCUACAUCUCCCCACCCCGGAAUGAAAUAUCUAAACGUGAGGUUCCCUAUUUGUGUCCACAGUGCCAGCUACAGAUUCACUUUACUUUGUGGCAUAUUAGCUUGGUUUGUAUUAACUUCAUCAGCAAUAGAGUGACACCAAAGGGAUAGAGAGGCGUUUCAACACAAUUCAGCGGUGUCAUGUCAUAAAUGUUGAAUGUCAGUAUCAUCUUUAUGCAUCUUUUCUACGUCUAUGUAUUGUCCAUGUUCUCAUACAUAAUGUAUUCUAUUACAUUUGUGCUGAAUGCUCGGGUCUGAGGUGUACAAAAAAAAGAAAAAAAGACAUUCAAAAUAUGACAUAUCUCACAUAUUGUAUGAAUGUUUUAUCAACAUGUAGCAGGUAGCUUGACUUGAAUUACUACUGCUGUAUCGACAGCUCCCUCCCCCUCUCUAUCCUUCUGUAGCUCAAAGUGCCAAUUCUGUUUCCUCUCACCUUGCCCUUUAAGUUCUGCAAGAAGAGAAAACCUUGCUAGUAUUUUUGUACGAUUUGAAAAGAUGCAAUCCAGGAUGACAGUCUCUCAAAUUUGCCAAAGAGAUAUUACAAAGCCUAUUGGCUAAAGUGGCAGACACCUUUGGAGACGGUGAGGUGGGCUGUUCCGUGCACCGGUAGUAACAACAUUGCUGUUUCCAUUUUUCCCCUCACUCAUUGCUAUUGUACUAUCCCAAACAAAUAAAUCCAGAUACUUUUUCCCUU